GCGGCUCCCGCGGCGGCUCCCGAUGGCUCGUCCGCGGCCCCGAGAAUACAAGGCUGGAGACCUGGUGUUCGCCAAAAUGAAGGGGUACCCGCACUGGCCGGCCCGGAUUGAUGAACUCCCUGAAGGAGCUGUGAAGCCUCCAGCAAAUAAAUACCCCAUCUUUUUUUUUGGGACUCAUGAAACUGCGUUCCUGGGGCCCAAAGACCUUUUCCCAUAUAAAGAAUACAAAGAUAAGUUUGGGAAGUCGAACAAACGAAAAGGAUUUAAUGAAGGCCUGUGGGAAAUAGAAAACAACCCUGGAGUAAAGUUUACUGGAUAUCAGGCAAUUCAGCAACAGAGCUCAUCAGAAACUGAGGGAGAAGGAGGAAAUACAGCAGAUGCCAGCAGUGAGGAGGAAGGUGAUCGGGUAGAAGAGGAUGGAAAAGGCAAAAGAAAGAAUGAAAAAGCAGGCUCAAAACGAAAAAAAUCCUACACUUCAAAGAAAUCCUCCAAGCAGUCACGGAAAUCUCCUGGAGAUGAAGAUGAUAAGGACUGCAAAGAGGAAGAAAAUAAGAGCAGCUCUGAUGCUGGGGAUGCAGGCAAUGACACAAGAAACACUUCUUCAGAUUUGCAGAAAACCAGUGAAGGGACUUAACCAACAUAAUGACUGCUGAAUAUUAAGGGAAAACACAAGAAGGUUACAUGUUUGGUUGUCUAAUAUUCUUGGAUUUGAUAUGAGUCAUCACAUCUGUUCAUUAGUAUCAUCAACAGCAUCCCAGUUUGUAUGCACAUUAUUCACAUUCCUAUCUGUUGUGUUUGCAGAAAUGACAUUUUACCCUUUUUUCUAAGGGUUGCGUUUCGAUUUUCAUAUUAUCUGGUUGCAUGAAGUUGCCCUUUCCCAGUGGCUGAGGUUUAUGAAGAUGCCGCGUACUUGAACAUGUUUUAGAUCCCUUUUCUAAACAGAAAAGGUGUAACUCCAGAUUAUAUCAUUCUAUAUCAGCAUUUUUUUUAAACACAAGUAAAUCUUGGCAAAGAGUCCCUUCCAUACAACGCUACAGUAUUUUCCACCCACAGACAUUAGUUUAAAUUUCCCUAUGGCCAUGCUUUCUUGGGUUUUGAUCCGUUUACAACAUGAAAGAAAAAAUCUUUUUGCGUUGAGAUCACCACCAAGUUCAAUAAUGUAAUACAAUACCUUUCCUUCCUAGAAGUACCUAGCUAGUUAUACUCUUAAUACUUCUCAAAAUCAUGAUGUAAUGUACACUAUCUGACUUAGUUCCUAUAUGUGAAGUUAGUGAAAGUCUUUUUGUGUUUCUUUAGAUUAAUACAAGGAUUUUUUCCAAUGCCAACACAAUUUGAGAUCAUUCAUUUGGAUGCUUUCCACUUUUAAGCUUACUGUGAUAUAGAACCCUAUGGGAAACCAAAAGAAAACAUCGAUUUUAAUUAAUGAAAGGCUUAAAAAGGAUGCUGUCAUUCUGGCUUUUUUUUCCUUUUGGAAAUAGAACUAGACUAGUAAGUAAGCAUUCCAAAUCCAUUAUUCUGUGUACAUUAUUGUUGCUAUUGUGAUAAUAGAGAUUUUUAUUUAUUUUUAUGCCAGCUUUUAUUGUGAAAACAUAUUUAGUCUGGUUUUAUCAAUCCUUGUUAUGCUUGUCCUUGGAACAUCUUUUGCGUAUUCAAGGUUUGUAGUUGACGAGUUUACUGUAAAAAACUAAAAAAAAAAAAAAAAAAACCCACAACAAAAAAACAAAAAACGAAACAAAAAGAAAACAAAAAAAUGUAUUGUUUUUACAGAAUAAAUUUAUUGGAAUGUGUAUUGGGAGUAAGGUUUGAGGUUGUAAGCAACUAAGUUAGCGUCAUAUUUGGCUUCAUACGUGUAAUAAUGUGAGGUAUUAAUGUAAGUCAAGUAUUAAAGCAAAACAUUCUGUUAACAUGAGUUGACCAUAAUAGAUACAAGUGCAGGUGAGAUCUUUAUUUUUUCUGUACUUUGCCUUUUCUGGAUAACAGGAGGUUAUUAAAUUCACCUUGAAUGUAUUCAAAGUUUCUUUAAAAACAUUAGAAGUGACAUUAGAGGUGCAAAUGUCUGUGAGACAUCGCGUUGUUGCAGCCCAACAGCUCAGGGCUUGUUUUCUUGGGAGGACGGGGUUGGAGCUGUCCCAGAUUCGAGCGCACGUGGAAGGAUUCCACACCAGGGAGGUUGGGUGCUUGAAGGAAACCAUUGCUUAAGUUCCCUUUUACCGAGAAGCACUGACAAAGAUGUGCUGUGGUUUUUGGGCCUGCCCUGUGGUCAGAGGUAUGAAACCAUGGGUUCUGUCUUCUGAGCGCUGCUACCAACCACGCCUCAGUGUUUCACUGCGGAGCGUGAACGCAUGACUUUCCUGCUGCUCUGAAAGUCCCCUUGUGUAGAGUGCAACAUGCAUGCGCAUGAGCUGAUGCUUUCCUGUUACUGAUCAGGUUCAAAAAGAAAACUGAAAUUCUCCAAGUCAAAACACCCAAAAUUCAACAUCCCCAAAAUAAAGUGUGUGCAGUUAAAAUGUAUCAGCCAAUUUCAUCUGCAAGAGAGGCACUAAAUAUCCUGCUUGAAGUAUCAGUAGCGAUUGCAAGCAGAAACCUAAACAGACCAAGCAAGGUCUCUGUAUAUGCUGCUACUUGUUUAUGGCCAUCAGCAAAAGGAGCUGCACAGGGUAACGCUUCAGCAGAACCCUCCUCUUGGAAAGUGCAUGUUAGUGUGGAAGGGCUGCUGCUCAAGGCAGGGAGCACUCCAUGUCCAGCUCAGAAACACAAGUGAGCACAUGCUUAACUUCAAGCAGAUGAGUAGUCCUUGCAGAAGUGAAUCCUUGAAAGUAUUAAGAAAACUAUACGACUUGCAUAGCAUAAAUGGAGUCAUACCAUCACAGUGGAUUGCUUCUUGAAAGAUUUCUUGGGGUUUUUAACAAGCUGACCCACGAGACAUUACUUUUUGACAAAUAAAACAUGUGCAUGUUACAGAGUUAUGUAUGUUAAUUUCCGACACUUGAAAAUCUUGACCUUCACAUUCUGUAGUAAGUUUGUAUAGGGAUUGCUAACUGAUAUUCUUCAGUGUGUGGACGCAGAACACUGCCACUGUUAUUAUUUAAUUCCAUGCAAUAUUUUAAAAAUGAACCAUAUAUGAAGUACGAACUGUGCUUGGAGUCAAAAUGUUGAGAAGUGAUAUUGAAAGCAGUUAUCUUUAUUUUCCCUUUUUGAGUCAGGUGAACAAACAAGGCCAUGCAUCUCCACACAGCUGUGCAAUCUGGCACACCUCAUUUGGGUUCUGUCCGAGCAAGUUCCAUUACAUCCAAACCCAAUUACAUACACAGCCAAAAAGAGGAGCUGAAAACAGUUGUGCUAUUCUGUUUUUUCUUCUUCUUUCACCUUCAUAAAAAACUCGGGCUUGUGGACACACCUGUAAGCCAGCAGCUGGGGAAGAAUCCCAUACAUUAUGUUCAAUAUCAGAAAAAACUGUUUUGCUUCUUCAGGGACUCUGUAGAUGUAAGGAGUUCGGGCAUGAAGAGAAGCACCAAUAUGGGAAAACUGAGCCUGUGGUGUGUAUAUAAUGUGCAUAUUGGGGAAAAAAGAAAAAAAGAAGGUAAAGUUUAUGAACAUUUUGGAAAUGUUUGGACAGCAUAUUCCGCAUACAAGUAUGCAUCUCCUGUGACAAUUUCCCUUUUAUUCCUCAAUUAUCCUUCAUAUGUUUGUAUGGCAGUGAACUAAGGUCAUUCAUAACUCAGUAUAGAGAAGAAAGGGAGCUAUCGGUGUCAUAGCAGGGGGUGAUUUUGUGGACACAGCACUGAUCUUUACAUUAGGUAUAGGAUUUCACCCUCAGUUAUGGAUGAUUAUUCAUGCACCAGGCUCUGUAAUCCUUCCCCAGGCAAACAGCCACCAAGCCGUGCAUCGCUGCCCGGUGCUGCGCUGGGUGUCAGCCCAGAGGCGGGGGUGGGGCCUGCAGCCACCUACCAUCGUGUUUGGCAUCAGCGAUCAGCAGUCAGACAUUCUAAAUAAAGUCAGAGAAUAAAAUCUGGAA